UCUGUGAGAGCUGCUUGAACAGCAAGAAAACAGACGACAGCAGUAUUUUCAAGUGUUACAUCAUAAUGAUUCGCUACAGCACUGUGAUGUCGCUGACUAUUCUGGCUCUCUGCCUGCUGGCUUGUAUUCACUCUGGCAUAAACGCAUAUCCAGCCAAGCCUGCCGGUCCCCGCCAAGGUGCACCGCCUGAGGAGCUUGCCAAAUAUUAUUCUGCACUAAGACACUACAUCAAUCUCAUUACAAGACAGAGGUAUGGAAAAAGAGACACCCCAGAUACAGUAUUUUCAGAUGUGUUGAUGAGAGAGAGCACUGAGAGUAUUCCAGGAUCAAACUAUGUCAGGUAUGAUGAGCUGCCACUGUGGUGAUGCUGCUGAGCUGUCAUAUCACACCCAGGCUGGCUUUAUCACAAAACUGCUGCCGUUUCUGUUACUGACAUGUAAUGAAUUUGUGCUGUGUGAAAUAAACAUUGAGUAAUGCAAACACUUUGGUCUGUAAUGUUGACACUACUUCUAAAACACAUUUUAUGCCUGCCUAUCUACAU